UAAUCGUUUUCUAUCUCUGAACUUCUUCUCUGAAUCUCUCUGAAGCUAUCCCGUGCUCACGUCCGGCGAUCGCCGCGGCGGCAACCCCAACUCGCCACCCCGUUUGUGACGCGGAUGCGGCGCCGCCAUAGGAUGACGCCGGAGACGGGAAGCAUCCUCCCGCCUCAUCUCCUCCGCGGGCUCCAGCCCCCUCGAGCAGCGAGCUGCCUCCGGGGGAGGAAGGGCAGCGUCGACGGGCAGGGCAGGGGGGAGCUGCGGUGGAGGAGCGGCAGGGAGUACAAGUCGCGACGCCGGAUCCAUGGACAGACCGGCGACGAGCUGCCUGCGGGUGAGAACGCAAUGUUCAGAAACGUGCUGCUCUUUCAGUACCACUUUGAGACAAUUUCAGGCAGUAGAAAGACGAGGUUAGAUUCAAGAGAAAAGAUAAAUCAGGAGCAGGUUAGUAAAAUGAGUUUCGUUUCUGUUCGGAGAGCUCAUAUGCUGCAAGCUUUCUGGUAAAGCUCAAUUGGCUCUUGUGACAAACUUACGAUCCCUAACUUCCCAUACAAAUAUUUCUGCAUCAACAAUUCAUCAGGUUCUUAGGUAAUAUUUACAUAGACAAGCAAAAAUGCUGGAAGUUGGUAUUACUAUACCGGAGUAAUCGCCAAAGUUAAAAAAACGUCAUAGUUAAUUACUGGAUGUGGCAUAAAAGAGCCUGAGUAAGUUUUUCUAAUAGUAAAGAGAGAAUCAAGCAGAUCAGACCUGAGAAAACAUGAUGGGCCCCCCUGACUUGUACAAUACUAACGCUGAGAUUAUUUUUUUCAUCAAUGUAAAAUACCUAAAAACUCCAUGAAUGGAUGGCUAAUCUGAUACCUAAAAUUGCACUGUAAAAUCGCUCUCAAAUAACUGUUGCUUCACGUAGUGGAGCUUGAAACCGUCUUUGUCCUUGCUACAUAUUUAGUAUUUUGCAAUGUAAUACUCCUUUCAGUGUGAACCUAAUUGAGAAAAAUAUAAAUGACAGGAAAAGGAGAAUCUUUAACAUAAUGACUUGUACAAGGUGAUAUUACUACAUUUGUUUACAAUGAAAUACAAUUAGAGCCAGUUGUUACUAUCCAACUGAAUGCUGCUAUUGCCAUCCAAAUAAAGUCGUACUGUCUUAACAUGCCUGGCCAAAAUGAGGGAUGAGUGGAGACAAGGAUGAUCAUGUAGUAGAGACAAAUAGUAAGUCACUAACCUGUAUGCUCUUCCUUUUCAUAAUAAUAUGGAGGCCUUGCUCUAGCAUCCCGUUCACUCGAAGCCCUAAAAUUUCAAUACAUGAUAUAUCUGAUGCUUUUGUGAUUUAAUUUUUUAUGAAAGAUUGUUAUGCUUUAUUCGGACUCAGAACUGAAUGCUCCACUGGAGCAGGUAGGUAACACUGUGAGCAGGCCUUCUAUAACCGUAUAUUUUCUUGAUCAGAUGCUUUCAUGUAUGCAGGAUAACUCUAGUUUCGAGGGUGAGUAGUACGCCGAAAUAGCAUUUUUUUAAUUAUGGGUUACUUCUGAAGGGGAGCCUUGGCGCAGUGGUAAAGCUGCUGCCUUGUGACCAUGCAAUAGACCCAAAGUGGUUGGACCCUUACAGAAAUGUAGGAAAAGGCUGUGUACAAUAGACCCAAAGUGGUCGGACCCUUCCCCGGACCCUGUGCAAGCGGGGGCUACAUGCACCGGGCUGCCCUUUUUUAUGGGUUACUUCUAAAAUUUGAGAAACUUUAAAACCAAUUCUGAUUGCUGAGUACUGACUGAUGCUUUAUAUAUAGUAAUGUUAUAUGAAGCUGCUGCCUUGUGACCAUGCAAUAGACCCAAAGUGGUUGGACCCUUACAGAAAUGUAGGAAAAGGCUGUGUACAAUAGACCCAAAGUGGUCGGACCCUUCCCCGGACCCUGUGCAAGCGGGGGCUACAUGCACCGGGCUGCCCUUUUUUAUGGGUUACUUCUAAAAUUUGAGAAACUUUAAAACCAAUUCUGAUUGCUGAGUACUGACUGAUGCUUUAUAUAUAGUAAUGUUAUAUGAAGAUGAAAUGCUUGUGUGUCUGCAGCCCACUGCAUACAGAUUUUUCAGAUCAAACCUGAGCAGUUACACUUGACACAUGAUGAGCUUUGAUAGGCAUGAGUUGCAACAGUAUAUGUUGUCAGUUCAUGUAUCAUAUUUUUCCUUUUUAUACUAUGUUGCUUCAUGGAGUGGAGAUUGAAACCGCCUCCAUGUUCCUUAUCUAUUUCUGUGGUUUCCAAGAUGAGUCAUUAGUACUUAUUUGGCUAGCAAUAAGCAUACCCCUUUCAUAGUGAACACAACCGUGAAACGUGUGCUUGAAUUAUGAUCAAGACAGAAAUGGGAACCUUUCUACUCUUACCAUUCUGGGAAAACAUUAUUAGAGUACAAGUUUUGCAGUUAUCUCACUGGAAAUGAACCACUGUUCUCAUUACUCUUCAGCUACACUACAUAUGCCCACUCAAUUAAAGAAUUUCUGCAGUUAAUAGUAUGCAUAUAUCUGGAAGAUGCAUUACCUUGCAUAUAUGUGUAUCAUGUACAGCCAAGCAGAACAAAAUAAAUUGAGUUUCGAAUUUCCAAAGUCAAAAUUGAGCUGAAAUUUUUUGAUGCCUCAUUAUUUGCUAGUCAUGUAUCAUUUGGUAUGCCAUUAUAUUUAUCUUCCUAAGAAUAGGUAUUAUCUAUCACUAAUCUCUGAUUGUCGUGCACAGCAUACAGUUUUGUAAGUCCAAAUAAUAUUUUUUCAUGUCUAAAUCUUCUUUCCUGCCUUAAUCUCUCUAGGUCUGAUUCAGAACACAUGAAAUUUGCAUCUAGUCAGCAGAAAUUUCUUUUGUUCCUGGUGGAAUUUGUGUGUGUGUGUGCGGGGGCGGGGGGGGUCAUUUGCUCCAAACAAGGACUUAACAGCCAGGGAACUCUAGUGGAAUUACACAUCACUUGAGAAGAAAGUCAAUAUUAAAACCCACAAAAAAUGCAUAAUAAAAAGAAAGAAGCAGAGGAAGUUAAGCUCCGAAGCCAGCGGCUAUAAAUACCUCACCACCUUGUUCUCACCAUCCAAAGAAACACAGAGUUCCAACAGAGGAGUGAGACCCCAGAGUGCAAACCACAGCUCAGCCUUCUUCCCCCACCAUGGCUGCCAUGUGGCCUCCGAUCAUCGGUCUCCUCGUCCUCCUGCUCCCAAUCGCGCCGUCCUCCGCCAUCAAGUUCCCGCUCGAAGGCAAUGUCUACCCUGUUGGCCACUUCUAUGCUACGUUGAGCAUCGGUGAACCCGCGAAGCCCUACUUCCUGGACGUCGACACUGGCAGCAACCUCACCUGGCUGGAGUGCCACCACCCGGUCCACGGCUGCAAGGGCUGCCACCCGAGGCCACCACACCCAUAUUACAAGCCAGCAGCUGACAAGUUGAAGGUGCAAUGUGGUGGCCCGCUAUGUGCUGCGAUGCGCAGAGACGUGCCUGGGAUCCCUGAGUGCUCCAGGAAAGAUCCACAUCGAUGCCACUACGAGAUUCAGUAUGUCACCGGGAAGUCAGAAGGUGACCUUGCCACUGACAUCAUUUCUGUCAUUGGGAAAGACAAGAAAACCAUCGCUUUCGGAUGUGGAUACAACCAGGAGGAACCAGCAGACGCACCGCCCUCGUCGGUAGAUGGCAUCCUUGGACUCGGGAGGGGAAAGGCAGGCUUUGCCGCGCAACUCAAGGGGCUAAAGAUGAUAACAGAGAACGUCAUUGGACAUUGCCUCAGCAGCAAAGGAAAGGGUGUCCUCUACGUUGGGGACUUCAAUCCGCCCUCCCGCGGCGUAACCUGGGUACCCAUGAGAGAAUCCUUGUUGUACUACUCACCUGGCCUAGCAGAGCUGUUCAUUGACAAACAGCCGAUAAGAGGGAAUCCAACAUUUGAGGCUGUAUUUGACAGUGGUACCACCUACACCUUCGUGCCUGCCCAGAUAUACAAUGAACUUGUUUCAAAGGUUAGAGGUACUCUCAGUGAAUCAUCACUUGAAGAGGUGAAGGGUCGUGCUCUGCCUCUAUGCUGGAAAGGGAAAAAGCCAUUCAGAUCUGUCAAUGAUGUGAAGAACCAAUUCAAGGCACUGUCACUAAAAAUUACCCACGCCGGCGGCACCAGCAACCUGGACAUCCCUCCUCAAAACUACCUCAUCGUGGAGGAAGACGGGAAAACGUGCUUGGCUAUCCGCGAUGCCUCGUCGGAUCCUGUUCUGAAGGAGCUGAACUUUAUCUUGAUCGGAGCUGUCACGAUGCAGGAUCUGUUUGUGAUAUACAACAACGAGAGCAAGCAGCUCGGAUGGGUUCUUGCGCAGUGCGACAAGGCGCUGGAGCUUGAAUCCGUCAUCCAUUCGCGUCUCUGAAUAAUGUUCGAUCAGAUCGACAUAGACAAAAACCUUAACGAGAACAAAUCAGUGCCCUCAUAUGGUGUUUGAAACACUGUAUGAUGCUCCCGCUUAUUACGAAUAAAAUGUUGGCAUACUGAGGAA